AUGUGUUGCACCACAGGGAGGGAGGAGGGUGAGGAGCAGGACACAUUUUCUUCCAUUGGGAGGGAGGAGGGUGAGGAGCAGGACACAUUUUCUUCCAUUGGGAGGGAGGAGGAUGAGGAGCAGGACACAUUUUCUUCCAUUGGGAGGGAGGAGGAUGAGGAGCAGGACACAUUUUCUUCCAUUGGGAGGGAGGAGGAUGAGGAGCAGGACACAUUUUCUUCCAUUGGGAGGGAGGAGGAUGAGGAGCAGGACACAUUUUCUUCCAUUGGGAGGGAGGAGGAUGAGGAGCAGGACACAUUUUCUUCCAUUGGGAGGGAGGAGGAUGAGGAGCAGGACACAUUUUCUUCCAUUGGGAGGGAGGAGGAUGAGGAGCAGGACACAUUUUCUUCCAUUGGGAGGGAGGAGGAUGAGGAGCAGGACACAUUUUCUUCCAUUGGGAGGGAGGAGGAUGAGGAGCAGGACACAUUUUCUUCCAUUGGGAGGGAGGAGGAUGAGGAGCACGACACAUUUUCUUCCAUUGGGAGGGAGGAGGAUGAGGAGCAGGACACAUUUUCUUCCAUUGGGAGGGAGGAGGAUGAGGAGCAGGACACAUUUUCUUCCAUUGGGAGGGAGGAGGGUGAGGAGCAGGACACAUUUUCUUCCAUUGGGAGGGAGGAGGAUGAGGAGCAGGACACAUUUUCUUCCAUUGGGAGGGAGGAGGAUGAGGAGCAGGACACAUUUUCUUCCAUUGGGAGGGAGGAGGAUGAGGAGCACGACACAUUUUCUUCCAUUGGGAGGGAGGAGGAUGAGGAGCAGGACACAUUUUCUUCCAUUGGGAGGGAGGAGGAUGAGGAGCAGGACACAUUUUCUUCCAUUGGGAGGGAGGAGGGUGAGGAGCAGGACACAUUUUCUUCCAUUGGGAGGGAGGAGGGUGAGGAGCAGGACACAUUUUCUUCCAUUGGGAGGGAGGAGGAUGAGGAGCAGGACACAUUUUCUUCCAUUGGGAGGGAGGAGGAUGAGGAGCAGGACACAUUUUCUUCCAUUGGGAGGGAGGAGGAUGAGGAGCAGGACACAUUUUCUUCCAUUGGGAGGGAGGAGGAUGAGGAGCAGGACACAUUUUCUUCCAUUGGGAGGGAGGAGGAUGAGGAGCAGGACACAUUUUCUUCCAUUGGGAGGGAGGAGGAUGAGGAGCAGGACACAUUUUCUUCCAUUGGGAGGGAGGAGGAUGAGGAGCAGGACACAUUUUCUUCCAUUGGGAGGGAGGAGGAUGAGGAGCAGGACACAUUUUCUUCCAUUGGGAGGGAGGAGGAUGAGGAGCAGGACACAUUUUCUUCCAUUGGGAGGGAGGAGGAUGAGGAGCAGGACACAUUUUCUUCCAUUGGGAGGGAGGAGGAUGAGGAGCAGGACACAUUUUCUUCCAUUGGGAGAGAGGAGGAUGAGAAGCAGGACACAUUUUCAUCCAUUGGGAGGGAGGAGGAUGAGGAGCAGGACACAUUUUCUUCCAUUGGGAGGGAGGAGGAUGAGGAGCAGGACACAUUUUCUUCCAUUGGGAGAGAGGAGGAUGAGAAGCAGGACACAUUUUCAUCCAUUGGGAGGGAGGAGGAUGAGGAGCAGGACACAUUUUCUUCCAUUGGGAGGGAGGAGGAUGAGGAGCAGGACACAUUUUCUUCCAUUGGGAGAGAGGAGGAUGAGAAGCAGGACACAUUUUCAUCCAUUGGGAGGGAGGAGGAUGAGGAGCAGGACACAUUUUCUUCCAUUGGGAGGGAGGAGGAUGAGGAGCAGGACACAUUUUCUUCCAUUGGGAGGGAGGAGGAUGAGAAGCAGGACACAUUUUCAUCCAUUGGGAGGGAGGAGGAUGAGGAGCACGACACAUUUUCUUCCAUUGGGAGGGAGGAGGAUGAGGAGCAGGACACAUUUUCUUCCAUUGGGAGGGAGGAGGAUGAGGAGCAGGACACAUUUUCUUCCAUUGGGAGGGAGGAGGAUGAGGAGCACGACACAUUUUCUUCCAAUGGUAAGCAUUUUUUUGUGGUUUAUACUUUUUGA